AUGCAACUCUCUCCGUCCUUUACGGCGCUGGCGGCGCUUCUCGUCUGUGCAUCGUCCGCGUUCGGCGCAAUCGUAACCGACGCCAACAGCCUGUCGGGCCGGAGCUACGACUACAUCAUUGUGGGUGGCGGUCUCGCGGGCCUCACGGUCGCCAACCGGCUCUCUGCCAACUCUUCCACCUCGGUGCUCGUCAUCGAAGCCGGCAAUGACGACCGCAACAACGCGGACGUCUACAACGUGGACAACUACGGCAAGGCAUUCGGCACCGACCUUACCUGGCACUUUACCACGGUCCCGCAAAUCGGUGGGCGCACCAAAGCGCCGCUCGGCGGAAAAACCCUCGGUGGCUCGACGAGCAUCAAUGGCGCUGCGUGGAACCGCGCCUCCCGCGCGCAGUACGACGCGCUUGGUGGGCUUGUGGGCAGUUCCGGGUGGAGCUGGGAUGGCUUGUUGGGGUACAUGAAGAAGAGCGAGAACUUUAUCGCGCCCACUUCGGCCCAGCAGGCAGCGGGGGCACGCUACGAUGCAAGUGUACAUGGGAGUGGGGGGCCGUUGGAGAUCGGGUUUUCGCAGAUCCGCAACCAGCGCCGCUCGGGCGGGGCAUCGCAGGAGUGGAGACGAAUGUUCAUCGGCCCGCAACAGGCGGCUUUCAUCGCGGCGAUCGGAGAGACGCUGGGAGUGCAGCAUGUAGACGACCAGUGCGCGGGCAGUGCCAACUCGGUCGCCUACACCCCGAACUCGAUCGGCACCAACGCAAGACGCACCAGCUCGGCUUCGGCGUACUAUACUCCCGUCCAGGGGAGGGAGAAUUUGACCGUGCUGACGGGCACUCGAGCACGAAACCUUUUGUGGGGUGCACAGUCUGCAUCGGGAUUGGGUAGUUCAGGUGUGGUGGUGCAGCAAUCGCACGAUGGCAACUUGGUCACGAUCAAUGCGAAGCGCGAGGUGGUGUUGGCUGCGGGUGCGCUGAACACCCCCACGCUGCUGCAGAGGAGCGGGGUGGGCGCCAAGGCGGAUCUGGACUCGAUCGGCGUCGACCAGAAGCUCGCCCUCGACGGUGUAGGCAAGAACCUGCAAGACCAGACCAUGACCACACUCGGUUCGCGUGCCAACGUCAACUACUCGGGCGGUGGUCCCUCGGCCGCGAUCGGGAUGCCCAACGUCAACCAGGUGUUUUCCAACGCCACUGCCGUGCGCAGCUACAUCUCGUCCAACCUCAACGCCUGGGCUGAUACGUUGGUUUCGGCGGGCCAUGUGGCGAGCAAAUCCGGCCUGUUGGCACAGUGGACCAGCGCAGUAUCGCUGAUUUUCGACCAGGCCGCACCGAUCGUCGAGAUGUUCUUCGACACGGGCUACCCAGCCAACUCGUACGGCAUUGAUCUCUGGACGUUGCUCCCCUUCUCGCGCGGCUCCGUACGGGCUACUUCGGGCAACCCGUUCGAUGCACCGCGGGUGGAUCCCAACUACUUUGGUCUGCCCAUCGACAUGGAUAUGCAGGUCCAAUCGCUACGUGCCGCCCGCCGCGUUCUCAAGAACUCCCACCUCCGCAGUCUGACGUACAAUGGCGAGACUACGCCUGGGUUCGGGCUCAUCCCGGAUGGGCCCAAUUCGGGAUCGUAUGCAAAGUGGCGUGCGUGGAUCCUGGGAACCCUCCAAGGGGGUGGAUCGGGCUUCUCCGCCGUGAGCCACCAGUUGGGCACCGCCGCUAUGGGAAGCAAGCAAAACGGCGGCGUCGUCGAUGGAAACUUCAAGGUGUACGGCACCACCAAUGUGCGCGUUGUCGAUGCGAGCGUCGUCCCCGUCCAGCUCUCGGCCCAUUUGAGCGCAUCGCUCUACGGUGUUGCUGAAAAGGCUGCCGACGCCAUCUUGGCCAAAUAA